GAGAAAGCGUGUACCAAUCUCUCCCGCUCUCUCUUCUCUCUACACACACACACACACCGAGUAUCUAUGGCGGAUCCUGAUUUGUCUCUUCCUCUCAUCACAUCUAAUCAACCAGAUGUCUUCAUCUCUAUCGAAGACGACGGAGAAGACUCAUCACUCCGGGAUAAUCAACACCACAACCCUCGUGGUCACGAAUUCGACCAUCUUAACCCGGUUAACCCUUUCCGGUUUCUCAGCGACGUCGACCCUCCGGUUCAAAUUCCCACGACGGUGGAUCCAUUUCGAAACGAUACUCCUGGAGUUUACGGACUCUACGAAAUGAUCAAGAUCGUGAUCUGCCUCCCGAUUGCUUUGGUUCGGCUUGUACUGUUCGGUGUUAGCUUAGCUGUUGGUUACUUGGCAACGAAGCUAGCUCUUGCUGGUUGGAGAGAUAGACACAACCCUAUGCCUCGUUGGAGAUGUCGAAUCAUGUGGGUUACUCGGUUCUGUACUAGAUGCAUCCUCUUCUCUUUUGGUUAUCAGUGGAUACGACGGAAAGGGAAACCUGCUCGGAGAGAGACUGCUCCCAUUGUUGUAUCAAACCAUGUUUCUUAUAUUGAACCAAUCUUCUACUUCUAUGAGCUAUCACCCACCAUUGUUGCAUCUGAGUCACAUGAUUCACUUCCUGUCGUUGGAACUAUUAUCAGGGCUAUGCAGGUGAUAUAUGUUAAUAGACUCUCACAGGCAUCAAGGAAGGACGCCGUGGAUGAAAUAAAGAGAAAAGCUUCCUGCGAUAGAUUUCCUCGCUUGCUGUUGUUCCCGGAAGGUACCACUACUAAUGGGAAAGCUAUUAUUUCCUUCCAACUCGGUGCUUUCAUCCCAUGUUAUCCUAUUCAACCUGUCGUGGUUCGGUAUCCACAUGUACAUUUUGAUCAAUCUUGGGGGAACAUCUCUUUGUUGAUGCUCAUGUUCAGAAUGGUCACCCAGUUUCACAAUUUCAUGGAGGUGGAAUACCUUCCAGUAAUUUAUCCCAAUGACAAUCAAAAACAAAAUGCUGUGCGUCUCUCGCAGAAGACAAGUCAUGCAAUUGCAGCAUCUUUGAAUGUCGUCCAAACAUCUCAUUCUUAUGGGGACUUAAUGCUACUCAACAAAGCAUCUGAGUUAAAGCUGGAAAAUCCAUCAAAUUACAUGGCUGAAAUGGCAAAGGUUGAGUCGCUAUUCCAUAUAAGAAACUCAGAAGCAGUUCGUUACUUGGAGACAUUUUCUCCCAUGAAUCCGGAUUCAAGUGGACGUGUUAUGCUACAUGACUUUCUUCGGGUUCUUAGACUGAAGCCUUGCACUCUUUCUAAAGAGAUAUUCGAGUUCAUUGAUGUGGAGAAGGCUGGAUCAAUCACUUUCAGACAGUUCUUGUUUGCAUCGGCUUACGUAUCAACGCAGCCACUUUUUCAGCAAACAUGCGAGCUAUCAUUUUCACAUUGUGACGCAGAUGGAGAUGGCUAUAUCUCUGUUCUAGAAGUAUAUUCAAUUCUUCACCUCUUUUUGUCAUAUGACUCAUAUUUGCUUUUGAGUUCUUAUGUUUCACUACUCUUUUUCUUCAUCUUUGGCUCAGCUUGGAGACGCGCUGAAACCAACAAUCCCAAACUUGAACAAGGACGAGAUUCAAGGGAUGUACAAUUUGCUCGAUGACGACAAAGACCAAAGAAUCAGCAAGAAUGAUUUCUUGUCCUGUUUAAGAAGAAACCCUCUGCUCAUAGCUAUCUAUGCGCCUAUCUUGGCUCCAACAUAACACAUAGAGACAAGAUCAUGACUCUGUCUUGUCAUUGUUGUAUCAUUAUAUAUACCUUUUGUUUCUUCUGAUAUAGCAAAAAGAAAGGGGCUAUAAGUUUUAGGCCUAUGCCCUCCUCCAUGGUUUCAUAUCCAUCCAAUGAGUUUUGGAUUAUAACUUCGUGCCGUUCUCUACCCCAAAAACGCUAUGGUGUUUGCUCCUCUAGUUCUGAGUAAACUCUAUCUGUAAUUCUGUAUUUGUUACCUUCUUUGGGGUUCUACAUGUUUUAUCAGUAUCAGUGGUUAUUAUAUAUUUAAUUGUUUUAUCCUAAGUUUUGAUAAGUUAUUACUUAGCUUCAAU